CGUAUUCAAUAUGGCUGAUAUAACAACUCGUUCACAAAAACAUCAAGUUUCAAAGUAAUUGGGAACCUGUCUACUAAAUGAUUAUUUUCAACAUUCUGCCUUUUUUCUUAUCUUAUGGAGAUUGAGUAUUUUAAUCAGCGUUGAGAUUGUUUUCACAUAAAAUGUCCAAUAUGGUUGCCAGUCUUUUACAAACAUUGAAUGCCCAUUCAUCAGAUGUAACAUCUUUAAGUUUUGGUGAGAAAGAACUUGUGACAUGUUCAGGAGAUAAAACAGUACGUCUGUGGAAUAUUGAUGAUUUUUCAGAGACUCCAUGUUCACCACUGUUGAGUCAUACAUAUGUUGUUAACUGUUGUGUAUUUGAUAAAACAGGUACUGUAUUUGCCUCAUGUUCCACAGAUGGCAGACUGAUUAUUUGGGACUCGAAGACAGGAGAGCAGAAAGCCAUUUUUGAACAUCCUAGUAAAUGUGCAAUACGUGUUUGUCGAUUUUCACCAAAUGCAACAAUAGUUGCAUCUGGAGGUGAUGAUAAUGCCUUGUGCUUAUGGGAUGUUGCUAAGAAAAAACUAAUAAGGACUCUUCAAGGUCAUGAUGAAUCUGCCAUGGCAUUAGCUUUUAGUCCUGAUAAUAAUUAUAUAGUAUCUGGUAGUGGUAACGGAGAUAUUAGAACUUGGGAUGCUAGAUUUGGACAUGGUCGUUGUUUAUCAUUUGAAUUGGAUGGUCAUGAUUUAGGAGUUACAUGUUGUGAAUUUUCUCCAUCUUUUGGAACAGCAGAAACCCACUCAGUGUCUGCUGCUAAUUUACUGUUGGCAUCAGGUGGAAAAGAUGAUUGUAUUAAAAUAUGGCAUUUUAUGGCCGAAGUUGGAUCACCUACUGUAUUAUUAAAGUUACGUGAUACAUUACCAGGCCAUACAGAUUCUAUUUUAACCUGUUGUUUUUCACCUGAUGGCACCAUUCUAGCUUCAGGGUCUAUUGAUAAAACUAUUAGAUUAUGGGAUCCUUUAAAGGGAGAGGCCAUGUUUUCUGUUGAAGGACACUCCAGAUAUGUUACAUGCUGUGCUUUUUCACGAGAUGGUCAACUAUUGGCAUCUGGUUCUAAUGAUAAAAGUAUUAUGGUAUGGAAAUUAACCAACACUAAAAUGAUCAUGGCUGGGUUAAAAGGUUAUGAAGAACCUGCAUCAAGUAAAACACCAAUGUCUGACACACAAUCUAACACAGAUAUUUUGAAUUGGUCCGUUGAUGAUGUAUGUGAGUGGAUUAGUUCGCUUGGUUUAGAGGUUUAUAAAGACAUGUUUAGAGCUCAAGCUAUAGAUGGUGUGGAACUGUUGGCUUUAAAUACAAAUGAUCUUCAAUCAGCUCUCGGUAUAGCACCACUUGGACAUAGAAACAAGAUACUUAGAUGUAGAAGUAAACUUGAAACUCACCCAGUUGUUUCGAAACUUGAUAAAGAUGUACCAGAUGAGUAUCUGUGUCCUAUUACUAGAGAAAUUAUGGCUGAUCCUGUUAUUGCAUCUGAUGGUUAUACAUAUGAUCGUUCUGGUAUAAAAGCAUGGAUGGAGAGUGGUAAAAACAGGAGUCCUAUGACCAAUGCUGUAUUAGCUCAUGGAACACUUCUACCUAAUAGAACCUUGAAAAUGCUUAUUCAGAGAUAUCAAAUGAUGGCGUCUCAAUGAGACCAAUGGAUCUACUGGUACUUGCCUUAUUUGUUUUAUAAGAUACCCUUUUUAUACAAUAGAUCUCUGUACGUCAGUUUGUGGACACUCUACUGGAGACUAAAGUUAUCAUCCAAUUGACUUGAAAUUUAUACACAGUGUUUAUGAGAUGAAGGCAAUAGAUUUUCAAUGACUUCGUAUAAUUACUCUCAUCAAAGUUAUGGCCCUUGAUCAUGUAGACAAAUCCUGCGGACACUCUGAUAGUCUGGUGGCUGAAGGGGGGGGGGGGGGUCGCCACCCGAGCCGUGAAUUUAUGAGACCAUGUUUUUCUAGACCAUUUUUUUUAUGCAUAGAUUCCAAAUCUGGAUGGUGAUCAGGCAUUUGAGGGGGCGUUUUCAGGCCUCGUCAUUUGAGAAAUGAUGGAGAGCCAUAAACAGUCCUCCUGAAAAUCCUGAGGAGAUUGAUUCACUAUCCUGGAAUUUAACUACUUAAAACUGAAUAUAUUUUGAGUGUAUCUGUAAUGGUGCAACUGUAAUGUAUUUUAUUUGUCCCAAAAGUCCAAAUAAAAUAAUCUACUUAAAUGCUA